AAGUUGCAUAUUUUUGCAUCGACAUUCGACAGGAAGAAGCGAAAGGAGAAAGAAAAAACAGGCAGGAAAGGAAGAGAGGAGUGGAAAGAAGGAUCAUGGUUCCAUUACCAAACUCACCAUUAAUCCUUUCUUUCCAAGCCCUUUUCUUAAUCAUCUCUAUAUCUUCAUUAUAUACACAGGCAACAACCCCUCAGAGUAUUGAAACAGGAGGAAGACGUUCAUUAUCGAGUUUCAAAGAAACCCCAGGAGGCAGUAAUGCUACCUUUGAAUGUACUCCUUCUGGACCUUGUCUCCCUUGUCUCUACUCCGAAAAGGGAGAUGAAAAAUAUCGAUGCAGUGAAACUGGAUAUCGAAUCCCUUUGAAAUGUAUAGGAGCUGGAGAUAGUUCAAAGAAGAAAACUGGCAAGAAAUCUAAGAAAAACAGAUCAACUUUGGAAAAGUCAUUUGGCAACACAGACAAGCACUCUGUAACGCUGGAUACUGAAGAAACUGCUAGUUUAAUUAAAAGUAGAAGAGUGCUGGAUGAUUCGUCUACAUCGGAUGGAAGACAAGGUUAUAUUACUUAUAGGAGCUGUGUACCAGCUGUAAAUCAAGAGAAGUUGUCGGUGCUAGGUUUCGAGGCCAUUAUGUUGUUUAUGGUGCUUUGUGCUGGUUCAUUUAUAUAUUUUAGGCGGAAACAAGUUGUUACAAUGCCAGGAGUUGGAAUGAUGAGAGUGCCAAGCAACGCUAGAUUCUAAUUCUGCAGAGCUGAUCUGAUCCUUCCAGAAGGUAAGAGAUAGAUUAGUCACCAUGUCUGUACUACUGGUUGCGAACAAACACGCAGAUUUUAUGCAAUCAUGUAAUCUAGUCGACACCAAUCCACACUACAUCGUUUAUGAUUGGUGUACUGUUAAUGUUGUUCUCUUGUACAUGAGAAAUGUCAAUGAAGAGGCAGAGCUGUAGCUUUUUCUGUUCUGUUGUUAUCUCAUCCUAUUAUUUCGUGCAAACGUCAUAUAUGAGGUGGUUUGUCGAUAUGGACUGCGGUGACAAUGACAUAGAGG